ACCGGUUAGAGCUAAAACAUAAUUAUUAAAGAAGUACCGAGAUGGUUACUGCUAUCCAAAUGGAGUGAGAUUAUAUAUAUAUAAGAUUCAUAACUGUUUUCUUGUACUAUAUUUCAGCCAUGACUGCCAAAGAUUGCCCAUCAUUGUUGGGCUUUGGAACCACAAAAACAUUCAAAAUUCCCGUUGAACAUUUGGAUUUCAAGUACAUUGAAAAAUGUUCAGACGUUAAACAUUUGGAAAAAAUUCUUUGUGUGCUUAGGUCUGGAGAGGAAGGAUAUUAUCCUGAACUUAUAGAGUUUUGUGAAAAGCGCCUUCAAGGAUUGGCUCCUCAAAGUAGAGCUUUGAGGAAAGACAAACCUGCAGCGACAGAAUCCAGUUUCACAGCAAGAGAAUGGGAAAAAAUCGAUGGCGAUAUCAAGAAUUGGGUAACAGAAAUUAAAAAAGAAGAAAGUAAAAUAUAUUUUCAUGAAACUGAAACAUUUCCAGCAAAGGAAGAAAAUUUGCCUCCAGUUCGUGGUUCAAACAGCCGUCUUGAUGUUGCCAAAGGAAAAUAUUCUAAAAGUAGAUCAGCUAAAAAGAAUAUUCCAAGGGAUUAUGCAGAGUGGGAUAAAUUUGAUGUGGAAAAGGAAUGUUCAAAAAUUGAUGAAGAUAGCAAAGACAAAACUCUAAUAAACAACAAGUCACAUUUGUCUAAAAUUGAGACAAGACUAGACACAGCAGGUCUGACUGAGAAAGAAAAGGAUUUUCUUGCUACUCGUGAGAAGGAAAAAGGAAAUGAAGCUUUCAAGUCGGGAGAUUAUGAAGAGGCUGUGAAAUAUUAUACAAGGAGCAUAUCCGUGCUUCCCACCGUAGCAGCCUAUAAUAAUCGAGCUCAAGCAGAACUCAAACUACAGAACUGGAACAGUGCUUUUCAGGACUGUGAAAAGGUCUUGGAGGUAGAGCCUGGAAAUGUAAAAGCUCUUCUGCGCCGUGCCACUACAUUUAAACAUCAGAACAAGCUCCAGGACGCGAUGGAGGAUUUGCGCCAAGUGCUGGAUGCUGAACCUGAUAACGAGUUGGCCAAAAAAACCCUGUCAGAGGUGGAAAGAGAGCUGAAAAAUUCUGCGCCGGCAUCUAAGACUCACACCAAGGGGAAAAGGAUGGUUAUUCAGGAAGUAGAAAACUCAGAAGAUGAAAAUGGAAAAGAAAGCGAAAGAAAACAUGAAGAUGGCAGUAGAGAUAAGAGUAAAACAUUUUUUCUCUUUUGGUUAUGUAAAAUACUACGUUUUUAUAUGACGAGCGGGGGGGCGGCUCCUCCGAGCUCUGCGCGAUCAGCCGUCUCCAGCGCUGCAGUGCCGCCGGGGACCUCUGUCGCCCGCCGUGGUGUCAUUCCGGAGGAGCGGAGUUUGCUCAUGGGUUUUAACUGUGUUUACUUCAAUGUGAUUUUAGGAAGUGGAAGCGCGGACGAUCUAAGUGUCUUAUAUUCAAAUAGAGCAGCGUGUCACCUCAAGGAAGGAAACUGCAGUGGCUGCAUUGAAGACUGUGACAGGGCUCUGGAACUUCAUCCAUUCUCCGUUAAACCUCUUCUUCGACGAGCAAUGGCCUAUGAAACUCUAGAGAAGUAUCAGAAAGCUUAUGUGGAUUACAAAACGGUGUUGCAAAUAGACUGCGGAAUCCAGAUAGCCCAUGACAGUAUUAACAGAAUAACGAGAAUUUUAAUGGAUCUGGAUGGACCACGCUGGCGGGAGAAGCUGUCACCCAUACCUUCUGUGCCCACUUCUGCGCAGUUGCGAGUGUGGCAGCCUACAGCAGAGACGCCCCCAGACCAAGUGGGAGAUUCCUGCAGCCAUCACCAACCGGGCAGCACAGAUGAAAAAACGUUUAAAACCCUUAAAGAAGAAGGAAACCAAUACGUAAAGGACAGAAACUAUAAAGACGCACUUAGUAAAUACAGUGAAUGCUUACAGAUUAACAAUAAGGAAUGUGCCAUUUAUACAAACAGAGCUCUCUGUUACUUGAAGCUGUGCCAGUUUGAAGAGGCGAAGCAGGACUGUGAUCAGGCGCUUCGGAUAGACGACGGGAACGUGAAAGCGUGCUACAGGCGAGCUCUUGCCCAUAAAGGACUCAAGGAUUAUCAGAAUAGUUUAAAUGAUCUCAAUACAGUUCUCCGGCUGGACUCAAGUAUUGUGGAGGCCAAGAUGGAACUGGAAGAGGUGACCAGAUUCCUUAAUGUGAAGGAUCAGGCAGCAUCACUCAACAAAGAAAAGGAGAGAAGGAAAAUUGAGAUUCAAGAGGUGAAUGAAGGCCACGAAGAGCUUGGAAGGACCCCGGAGGAGGUCUGCACGGGCUGUGGGCCACCGGAAAACUAUGAGAAACUGCCCAUCACCAAGCCCAACAACGCCUAUGAGUUCGGGCAGGUGAUGAACGCUGUCAGUGCUAGAAAAGACAAAGCAGCCUGUGCACAUCUGUUAGCCAUCACUGAGCCGAAGGACCUGCCAGCGUUGCUGAGUAACAAACUCGAAGGGGAUCUAUUCCUCCUCCUCAUUCAGUCUCUGAAAAGUGAACUUAUUGGUAAAGAUCCCUCAUUGGUAUAUCAGCAUCUUCUAUAUCUGAGUAAAGCAGAAAGGUUUAAGAUGAUGUUGACCCUAAUUAGCAAGGGCCAAAAGGAGCAAAUUGAACAGCUUUUUGAUGACCUCUCUGACACACCAAACAAACAUUUUACUUUAGAAGAUGUACAGGCCCUAAAAAGGCAGUAUGAGCUUUAAAUCAGGUUAUUGUUAGAUCUCUUCCAUGCAUGCAUGUGCUCCAGUAACACUAGUGAGACAGUAUUGUCAUACAGUUGCAUGGAUAAAACCUUGCUUAGAAAAGAUCCCUGGGUCUGGACUAUAAAAUAUUUUACUUAUUUUUAUACAUAGAACAUGUAUAUUCUACAAUCUGCUUUUUAUCAGUUGUAAAUAUUUUCUUAUGUACCAGAGCUAACAUCUUUAUAUUUAAUAAUAAGUAUAUUUGGAACUUAUUCAGAUGCAUUUUAAUUUAUAUCAUACAUUUCCUUUAAUAACUUGUUAAAAAUUUGAGUUAAAUUGCAUUUCUUUGGGCCUUGAAGGCAUCCACUUAGGUUUGACAGAAAUAUAUUUCUUUAAAAUGCAUUUUUAAAAGUGAAAAUCAUUAACAGUGAUUAUGUCACCUUUAUUUCCUGCUAACACAUACAUAUAAGUCCCAUUUUAUAAAACUUGUAUAUUACAGUCUGCUAAGAUAAAAUGCAAUACUUAAAUCCAUAAUAUGAAAUGAUUAUUAAAUAAAUUGUGAUUACCAAUUUAAAGCUAUAAGAGGAACUUAUUUUUUCUUAUAUGGAAGCAUUGCCUAAUAAUUAAGAACAAAAAUUGCCAAAAAUUUCUACCACUUUUUACUAGACUUUAAAAAGCUCCUUUCCCUUAUAAAUUGCUUGUAUAAGCAGUAACAAAACAACAAAUACAUGAGAGCAAACUAAGCCUUCAUUUCUGUUUGCAUUGUCAACCCCUAUUUCCCCAAAUAUUUAAAUGUCUUCUUGCCCUCUUUCAUCCCUCUUUUAAGCAGGACCAUGUUUAUUCCCUUAAUGUCAAAGGAAAAGUGAAGAACUCUUGAAGCUCUUUUGUUAACUGAGGGUAAAGGUAUUUAAAAUAAAACAUUCGGUUUCUAUCAGUAUACCAUCAAAAAUA